GUGGGUGAACUGGGUAUUGACACCCUUUCGAGCCGCAGAAGCCUUCGUCAGGAGUUCUGGGACGAAUUUCAAGCAUCAAAUAUGAAGUUCCUUGUAGCAGCUAUCUGUGUGUUGGCCAUCGGCGUCAACGCCCAGGUUGGGCCUUCAGGAAUCGUCAGCCCUGAUGGUGUCAAUACCCAGUUCACCCACGAAUUUGCUCACGACAUAGCAGUGGUCGGACCCUCUGGAAUUGUGACGAAUUCAGGCGCCAACCGUCAGCUCACCCAUGGAGAGGCCACGCUCCACGUCGGCCUUCCUGUAGCUCCAGCGCCCGUUCCAGUCGCCCACUUUGUCCACCACAGUGGAGGAGUCAUCGGACACUCAGGCAUCGUCAGACCCGAUGGAAACAACGUCCAGUUCUCUCACGGACAGGCUCACAACAUCGUCUUAGUCGGGCCGUCUGGCAUUGUCACCAGGGACGGAUCCAACAUCCAGCUCACUGAUGACCUCCAGUUUGCCCACCGUGCCAAGCGCAGCUCUGGAUUCGUGUCUGCUAACGGAAACAUCGGCCACUCUGGAAUCCUUAGGGCCGAUGGAUCCACUGACCUUUUCAGCCACGACCUGGCCCAUGACAUCCUUCUGAUUGGACCAUCUGGUGUUGUGACCAAGUCUGGUCGUAACCUCCAGCUCACCGACGACCUCAGAGUUGCCAACCCACGAUCCAAGAGGUCCCUCGAAGGAGCUCUCGUAGGACCAUCUGGAAUCAUCACCGCCUCUGGGCAACUGAUCCAGCUUCCAUCUGGCGCCUUCAUUGUUCAUGCAGGUCCAUCCGGCGUUGUUCUUUCUAACGGAAUGAACAUUCAAUUCCAAUCCCCCAUUGGCUGUCCGGAAUUUACCCCCCGCAGGGUGUGGGCAGCGCUUACUAGGAGAAGUCUUAAAAGGACAGGGACCCAACAGUUCGUCCCCAGAAGAAUCUUACACAUAGGAGAGGUCAGAAGCUCCUGCUACCUCACCCUGCAGACAACACCUCGUCCCUUUCUGCUCGCCUUGCCUCCUCUGGGGAAAUCCCAAGUAUUUAUAUACGUCCAUAGUGCACAGAAAUAUCAGCAGAUAAGAAGACUACCCAGCCCAGGAUUUCCAGGAACUGUAGCAGCUAUCUGUGUGUUGGCCAUCGGCGUCAACGCCCAGGUUGGGCCUUCAGGAAUCGUCAGCCCUGAUGGUGUCAAUACCCAGUUCACCCACGAAUUUGCUCACGACAUAGCAGUGGUCGGACCCUCUGGAAUUGUGACGAAUUCAGGCGCCAACCGUCAGCUCACCCAUGGAGAGGCCACGCUCCACGUCGGCCUUCCUGUAGCUCCAGCGCCCGUUCCAGUCGCCCACUUUGUCCACCACAGAGGAGGAGUCAUCGGACACUCAGGCAUCGUCAGACCCGAUGGAAACAACGUCCAGUUCUCUCACGGACAGGCUCACAACAUCGUCUUAGUCGGGCCGUCUGGCAUUGUCACCAGGGACGGAUCCAACAUCCAGCUCACUGAUGACCUCCAGUUUGCCCACCGUGCCAAGCGCAGCUCUGGAUUCGUGUCUGCUAACGGAAACAUCGGCCACUCUGGAAUCCUUAGGGCCGAUGGAUCCACUGACCUUUUCAGCCACGACCUGGCCCAUGACAUCCUUCUGAUUGGACCAUCUGGUGUUGUGACCAAGUCUGGUCGUAACCUCCAGCUCACCGACGACCUCAGAGUUGCCAACCCACGAUCCAAGAGGUCCCUCGAAGGAGCUCUCGUAGGACCAUCUGGAAUCAUCACCGCCUCUGGGCAACUGAUCCAGCUUCCAUCUGGCGCCUUCAUUGUUCAUGCAGGUCCAUCCGGCGUUGUUCUUUCUAACGGAUAUGAACAUUCAAUUCCAAUGAACAGGUACUUCGUUCAUCUCUUAAACAAGUACUUGCUUAUAAUCUAGACGUGACUCUGUUCUGUUUGUUCUGCUGUUAUGUUAUUCCUCGGUGAUCGACUGGGAAGAUUUAUAUUUUAUAGUUCAGAAAC